GCGAAGACCAGUACCCGCGCUACCUUGCGCUUCUCCAGCCCCAAAGCUCCGCGCCCGCACUGCUGCUGCUGUCCACCUCCCGAGGCCCCGUCAGUGCACGCUACUGUCCACACGCGCACGCGAAAGCCUGCGCGGACCUCGGUGCCACAUCCUCCGUCCCGCCCGGGCGAGUGUCAUCACCGCCAUGCGCUCACUCGGGGAGCAGGUGCGCGACUGGCACCAGGGCGCAGAGGCCGUGGCGCGCGGGGACUGGGGCUUCGCGCUGCGCCUCUUCUCAGGCGUCACGGAGCUGCCCUCCAGGAUGAGCUUCAACGUGGGCUGUGUGCACCUGCUGGCCGGGGAUCCUGAGGCCGCACUGCGGGCAUUUGACCAGGCAGUGACCAAGGACACCUGCAUGGCUGUUGGCUUCCUCCAGCGGGGUGUGGCCCACUUCCAGCUGCGGCGGUUCCAGGAGUCUCUGUCUGACUUCCAGCUGGCUCUGGCACAGCUUCGGGGCAACAGCGUCAUUGACUACUCGCAGCUAGGUCUGCGCUUUAAGCUGCAGGCCUGGGAGGUACUGUAUAAUGUGGCGUGUGCACAGUGCCAGCUGGGUCUGUGGGAUGAGGCUGCUGACACACUGGCUGAGGCUGUGUCCAGGUGGCCGGAAAGGGCUCGGGAGGGCCUGACGACCGCCCUGUACCACGUGCAGAAGCAGGCUCCCCUGCAACCACGGCAGGUGCCCCCGGGCGAGGUCUUCCGGCCCCACAGGCGGUACCUGGAGCACCUAGAGCCCAAGGACUUCCUGGGCAAGGCCAAGGUGGUGGUCUCCACUGACCCUGAAGCCCAGUCCUUGGGUGUCCAGUCUGUGCAGGGACCGGGAGUCCACAGUGAAACUGGCUGUGAGGCUGUACCACGGCCCCGAGCCCUGGAGCCCCAAGGAGCCAGAACCCAUGAUGGCUGCCGUGGUGUAGUAAGGGAGGUUGGCUCUGGCCCUGCUGGGCAGAUACACCAGAUGAGGCCCAGGGUGGCGCCAGCUGUCAAAUCAGCCCCUCUGUCUUCAGGACUGCCUGGGCCUGGCCCCUCCAAGGUCCCUGUGAGCACCAGGGGAGCAACUGUACUGGACUCUGAGGACUCUGUGACGGUCACCGUACAGUGCACCCUCACCGUGGCACUGCAGGUCCCCCGAGGGGCUGGGCUGGCUAGCCUGCAGGCGCUGCUGGCUGAGGCCCUCCCUGCCCAGGCCCGGCAGGCACAGCUUAGUUACUGGGCCCCAGAGGAUGGCAAGCUCUGGGUCCCCAUCCUUGGGGAGGACGCACUGCAGAAGGCAUGGAGGGAUGUGGCCUCUGCCCCCCAUGGGCUGCGACUCCAGUGCCGGGGUGCUGGUGGCCGGCCAGUGCUGUACCAGGUGUCGGCCCAGCAUGACUACUCGGCCCAGGGCCCUGAGGAUCUGGGCCUCCGCCGAGGGGACGUGGUGGACGUCCUGGGUGAAGUGGAUGAGGCCUGGCUGGAGGGGCACCAAGACGGCUACAUCGGCAUCUUCCCCAAGAGCUUUGUGGCUCCAGCCGGUGGAGUGGCACCUGUGUCUGGCCCAGAGUCCAAGCAGGAAGACAGGCUCUAAGCACUCUUGUUGCGAAAGGU